AAACGACCACGACGCAUCCCGCGCCCGCGCCGGCGCCCGCGGUCACCCCCCCGCGCGUGCCGCCGGCCAUCCCCGGAUCGCCGUCCAUGCGGCGCUCGUGGGGUCCCAACACACCGGGCGCGCAGUCCACGCGCGCGCCCGACGCCGCCGCGCCCGCCGGUAACCCCGGCACGCACGCGGUCGCCGCCCAGGAGGGCAUGGGAGCAGCCUUCCACUUCAAUCCGGCGACGGGGAUGCUCGAGAACCCCGGCGGCAGCGGCGGCGAGGCCAUGUCGAAGUCCCGGUUCGUCGAGUCCUCAUCCACGGGGGGAUUUCGUAGGGUGGGAGCAGGGCCCGGCGGCGGCGGCGACGACGACGCGUCGGGAAUCCAGCGAAGCGUCGCGCAGAGAGCUUUGGACUCGCAGGGCGACCUCACCAUGCGAGCCGUCGCGGUAGCCGUCCAGUCCGUCGUCGUCUGGCUCGGGUUCAUGACCCAGGGACUCCUCGCGGGCUUCGGCGUCCUCCACGUCUUCAUGACCUACUACAUGGACGACGCCCAGACGGACGGCUUCCUCCACUAUUACUCCCCCAUCGCGGUUCCCGCGCAGCGAUGCUUCGUGACGCUCUCGGCGUUGGCGCUCAUCACCGCGGUGGACAAGUACGCGCGAGACUCUCUCUCCGGGUUCAUGCUCCAAGGCUUCACCCUGCAGAAGGUGGACGCCCUCGCCGUGCUCUCCUUCUUCCUGUGCUUCGUGCUCAGCGUGGUUUGCGUCCCGUUCGAGGACAGGGUGUUCUACGCCAACAAGCGGGUGCCGUCGUGGUGGGAGUACGAGAGCGCGACGUCUUCGUUCAAAUCGAGCGUCGCGACGUACAUGGGGACCAACUUCGCGCGGUGCUUCUUCGCGCUGCUGGGCUGGGCGUGCGUGUGCUACACGAACACCCCGCAGGUCAUCGACGUGCUCGAUCGCGCAGAGGAGAUGAAAAACGCGCCCAGGCGGGGACGGGGGGGCGGGUUUGGCGUCGUCGAAGGCCAAACGGCGCGAAGGAACGGCGGCGGGGACGGGGCGAAGGAGGGCGGGACCCUGCAGCUCGGGUGGAGAGACGGGAACGCGGGCGGGGGGAACGGCGGGGGCGCCGGCCGGCGGCAGCGCAUGGACGGCUACGGGCGAUAGGUCGCGAUGGACCGGGUUCCGCGGGAUGGAUUGAAAUUGUAACGAGGCGUCGGUAC